AUGUCUUCUGUCGUUCCUCGUCAGGGUUCGGCCGUUGGCGUUGCGGUAGAAGCUCGACAAGAAGCCCCGGAACUGUCACAGAACCGUGUGGCUACGUACUCUCACGAUAACGUCUUUGCCCGCAUCCAGUCUCGUGGUGCCAACAAUGGUCACGUUGCUGGCAGUCAACUUCGAGAACACAGCAUUGCGAGCCUGGAAGCCGACAUGGCCAGGUACCAGCCGACGCAAUCGAUCAUUACUGUUCCGUCAAACUCAAACUCGGCUGGUAUUGGUGCACAGUUUGAGUGA